CCAGCCUGGCCCAUUUACUUUUCCCCCAUAUCUCCUUUAGCUUUAACGAGGCUCGUUAAGAUCACAAUAAUAUUCCACCCUCUAAUUGCUCAUCCCAUUCAACAAAUAUGUGCACACUGCUUUUCGCAUUAUUUGAUCCCUUAUUUAGGAGGGGUGUGGAGAAGGGGGGGGGGAAGAGACAGGGAGAAGGGGAAGUGCUGAGAUUAGGAGUUGCAAAGAUUAAGAAAAAAAAAAAGAAAAAGAAAAAGAAAAAAAACAAACCAGGCUUUUCCACCAACCGCCCCGCUUCCCUCCCCCCCCGUGCAUUUGGGCGAAGUGGUAAAAACCUCCCUUACGUACUCCGUAAUGAUUGGCAGUGCUGACAGUGAUUGGCAGGGGCUGCCAUGGCAACGCCACAACGACACUCGGAAGACCAAUAGAAAAGCGAAACAAAAUGUUUCAGCGCUGCACUCACUGUGGAUUUAGGGGAGAUAUUAUGAGGCUGUUGUCAUUAGGGCGAUUGCUGUUGAAUCACUGAAUCCUGACUCGGCGGCGGCGCGGGGCCGGGUGCGUGUGAGUGCGCGUGUGUGUGCGUGUGUGUGCGCGCGUGAACGAGCGCGGGUGCGUGCGAGUGUGAGCGCGUGUGUGUGCGUGUGUGUGUGUGUGCGUGUGUGUGCGAGCCCCCGUGCCUCUAUGUGGCUGUGUGUGCGUGUGCGGUUGUGGAUGCGUGCGCGGUGCGUGUGCCCUUUCCUCCCUUCUUCCUCCCUUUCUUUCUUUUCUCCUUGAUUCGUCUCCCCCUCUCCCCGGUCAUCCCAUGGUGUUCAGGUCCCCGCUAGAGCUUUAUCCCACCCAUUUCUUCUUGCCAAACUUCGCCGCCGACCCGCACCACCGCUCCCUCCUUCUCGCCAGCGGCGGCAGCGGCAGCGGCUCGGGCUGCAGCCCCGGUGCCGGCGGCGGUGGAGGCGGCAGCUCCCGGGCACCCCACGAAGAGUUGUCAAUGUUUCAGCUGCCCACACUCAACUUCUCCCCGGAGCAAGUGGCCAGCGUCUGCGAGACGCUGGAGGAGACUGGAGACAUAGAAAGGCUGGGGAGGUUCCUCUGGUCGCUGCCGGUGGCGCCGGGGGCAUGCGAGGCCAUCAACAAGCACGAGUCCAUCCUCCGCGCCCGGGCGGUGGUGGCCUUCCACACGGGCAACUUCCGAGACCUCUACCACAUCCUGGAGAACCACAAAUUCACCAAGGAGUCCCACGGCAAGUUGCAGGCCAUGUGGCUCGAAGCUCACUACCAGGAGGCCGAGAAGCUAAGGGGUCGCCCGCUGGGGCCGGUUGAUAAAUACAGGGUGAGGAAGAAGUUUCCGCUGCCCAGGACCAUUUGGGAUGGCGAGCAGAAGACUCACUGCUUCAAGGAGAGGACUCGCAGCCUCCUGAGGGAGUGGUACCUGCAGGACCCUUACCCCAACCCCAGCAAGAAAAGGGAACUGGCUCAGGCCACGGGGCUCACCCCCACGCAAGUAGGCAACUGGUUCAAAAACCGAAGGCAAAGAGACAGAGCGGCGGCGGCUAAAAACAGGCUCCAGCACCAGGCGAUAGGACAGAGCGGAAUGCGGUCGCUGGCAGAGCCCGGCUGCCCGACCCACAGCUCGGCCGAGUCUCCGUCCACGGCUGCCAGCCCGACCACCAGCGUCUCCAGCCUGACAGAAAGAGCCGAGACGGGCACCUCCAUCCUCUCGGACAAGCACGAUUUCUCCUUUGCGCUUUUCCAUGGACGCAUUUCACCCACUUGCAUGAUGAUGAUGAUUAAAUUUGUAUCUGGGAAAAAAUAUUCUCUAUAGUCAAGGAAAAACAAACAGAAACCAGAAAAAAAAAAAAACUCCCAUCGAAUUUGUAUAAAAAUAAAAAAUGAAAAAAAAAAAAAAGAUUAAAAAGGAACUCCUUGAAGAGGGAAAUAACAAAUGUUUAUCGCCUUUUUGUUGGUCCUAUUUCUCUCUCUUUCUCUCCCCCUCUCCCUUUCUCUCUGUUAUUUUCUUUCUUGGGUUUUUUUUUUUUUUCCAAGUCCAAGUGAUGGUCCAGCCAAGAUGCAAUUCUCUGUUAUUUCUUUUUUUGUUCAGCAGACAAUCAUUUUAUUCGUAAGCACCUUUUUUUCUACACUUCUGUCACUGCCUGUGUGGGUACUGGUUAUAAAUGUGGAAAAAGAAUAGUUAUGACUGUAACAGAUUUUUAUUUUUAUUUCAAAAUUUUAUAUGAAUUAUGUAUAUCUUAAUGAUGCGGUCAUUUUCCCAGUUUGUAAUAUAUGUGUAGAAAUGCUUGUAUAUGAUAUUUGCGCUCCUCUUUCUUUCCUCCCCCCCCCCCCUUGUCUAUCUCCCUCCCACCCUUUCUCCCUCUCUCCUUUUUAUUUUCCUUGACUCGGUGUUCCUUGCACAAACUUAGCUGUCAAGAGCUGACGUGCUAGGUUUUCAAAAGGGACCUCAGCGAUAGAAAAAAAAAAAAAAAAAAGAAAAGGAAAAAAAAAACCCAAAAAAAGGAAAGAAAAGGAAAAAAAAAAAAAGCUUAGGGUGCAACUGUAGUUAUCUUAUGCAAAAGCUAUUUUGAGUAUUUCAUAGCAGCUUUGGGGGUCUCUUCUUAAACUCCACGUAGGACGCUUCAACUAUUGUUUCCUUAACUGCGUGUUUAUCUAUAUGUACAAACUUUCUAAAUCAAAUACAGUAUUCCAUUUUCUUAUCUA